UCGCGAUCCUCCCCUCCACACCACCCCGUCAAUUGGACCCCAACACAUCCACCGUCGGGAUCAAUCAUCAUGUCCGCUCCCUCCCUCGCCAACUACAUCGUCAAGCGCCCAUGGCUCAAGCGCUGGAUGAUGCCCAUUGCCCAGUGGUACACCGAUGCCUCCGGCUACAGGAGACUCGGCUUGAGGGCUGAUGACCUGAUCCCCGAGGAGAACGACGUCGUCCAGAAGGCUCUCAAGCGUCUCCCUCCCAAGGAGGCCUACGACCGUAUCUUCCGUAUCCGCAGAGCAUUCCAGUGCUCCAUCUCCCACACUCUCCUCCCCCCUGCUGAGCAGACCAAGCCCUCCGAGGAUGUCGAAUACCUGAGCCCCAUCAUCCGCGAGAUCGAAAAGGAGAACAAGGAGCGCGAGGACCUCGACGCCCUCGUCGUCAGACGGUAAAUGUCUCUCAUCUCCAUCUCCAUUCUAUCCAUUGAACUAGAUUCGAUUGUUGUUCUGGGAUACAACAAAAAUGAAUUGCCGCUGGGGUUUUAUAGACGGGCGCGGGGUUAAGAUUCACACUUGCUGUCCGGCUCGGCGGGGAGAAAGAGAGAGAGAGAGAGAGAGAG